GUUCGUUCCUGAAUCCCUUCGAAUCACGAAAAUGGGAAGUGAAUAGUGAAUUCUUUGGAAAAUAUAUCCUGUUUGCCUAAACAGUCUCUCAUAAGCCCAUGGGCAUGUGAAACUUAAAUUGUGCUCUCAAUACCUAAAUACGUUCUGAACCACUCCACAGACCCUUGACGUGCUGGUCAAGAAAAAGACGCACUGUCCUUGUCAAGUUUGUUGUAUAGUUCUCGUCGGAGUUCUUGAGUUUAUUUCACGCCAUUCUGCUACUAAGCGAUCAGGAUAAACAUUUUGGGGAACAUAUCACUCGCUUGUGAAUGUGUUUCGGGAUAAAUUCAUGAAUUGCGACUGCUGUUGUUGUUUACGUGGUCUUAACCUCGAAAAGCCGCGACUGGCGGACGGAUGACGUUCUCGCAAAGUGGAGGAGGCGCAGCGCAAUGACAUCGGGUGACACAACAAAUAGCCGGGCGUACCUGCCGGUGCCUGAGUUCCUGGAUCAUAACUUAAGGCACUGUCAAAAACGGCCACCUAAUCAGAAUGAUCCCAACCGCACAAAGAAACCACCGAAACUUAAUCCGAAGCACGAUUCGAGUUUUUGCCGCAGUCCGAAUUCCAGUUCAGCUCAUCUUGUUUCAUUCAAGGAUUCCAGCGCGUACAAUGACAUCCUGCUCUCAUCCCAUUACAGCAGGGACUUCACAGAAACAUACUACGAUCAAUGUUUUGAAACGAUUUCCAAAAUUGGCGAAGGUUCGUUCGGCGAAGUAUUCAAAGUUCGAAGCAAGGAGGAUGGCCUUCUCUACGCCGUGAAAAAGUCAAAACAAUUUUUUCGAAGUGAAAACUAUCGCCAAGAACGGCUGGAAGAAGUUCGACGAUAUGAACAGUUUUCUGGACAUGAUCACUGUGUAACGUUGUAUAAAGCAUGGGAGCAAGAUGAUCGACUCUUCAUGCAAAUGGAACUGUGCAAAGGAAGCUUGGAAUCAUAUCUGGCCGAAAAGCGGAAUCUCCCCGAAUCAACUGUUUGGUCGAUUCUCCUUGACCUCUUAUUGGCAUUGAAAUGCCUUCAUGAUCGGAAUCUCAUUCAUCUGGACAUCAAAUUAGAAAAUAUCCUAAUAACAGAUGACGGCACUUGCAAACUUGCGGAUUUUGGCCUGGUUGUGGAUAUAGAGAGUGCCAGGCGCAUACAUCCAACAGAAGGUGAUAACCGCUAUAUUGCGCCGGAAAUUAUGAAAGGGCAUUUCUCGAAGGCCGCCGAUGUUUUUAGUCUAGGAAUAACUAUUUUAGAAUUGUCAUGUAAUUUAGAGCUACCACCGAACGGACCACUUUGGCAGGAGCUGCGAAGUAACGUCCUCCCAGAAGAGUUUAUUAAAGUACUGUCACCCGAACUGCAAAAUGUGAUACGAUAUAUGAUGGCUUCAGAGCCCGCGAGAAGGCCAACAGUCGAUGAUUUGCUCAUAACCCCGAAGCUACUUGCAUUGCAACAGAGCCGAAAAAGAUGGAAAUACGUAAAAUAUUUUAAAAAUUUUCUGCGUUCAACGCGGCGAUACAUAUGGACGAAAUUGUGCAAUUUGAAAAAUUUCACAUAUAGUCUCAUAGAUCCGGUCAUCAGAGGAUUUCAGCUGACCGACAAGCAACACUCAUUGAACAACUCCAGUUCUGACUGUACCACAGAUAGAUCUUUUGAAAUGUCGGAUUUGGAUCAUACUCCGAAUCUAAGUGAUUACGAACAUUCCAGCUCAUUCGUGAACUCAACCCCUCUGAAUCACUACGAAGUUCGAAAGUAUCGAAAAGAUGCGACAAAGUCAAAUAUUCGAUCUGAACUUGUAUCGCACGAAACUUCUGCGUUGAUAUGUAAGAAAUUAUUCACUAAAACGGAUGAUUACGAAUAAUUAAGUAUAGGAAAGAGAUUGUGCAAGUAAAAAGUUUCACACAUAUGCCGGUUUUAUUUUUACUGUAUUUUAUAUACUUUUCCAUUUUUAAACAUCUCAAAAAAGUUGAACGACUAUUAUGAACUAAAAUACUGAAAAUUGUAAAUACAAGUAGGGUGGACAUUGUAGAUACAAACAGAAAGGAAACGAAAUAAUAAUGUAAGGGAGUUUCCAAUGGAGCUGGUUUACGCUAGGUUUAAUGUUUGUUAAAAAGAAACAUAACUUUUCCCAGAAAAAAAUUAUAAAUUGUAAAUUUACAUUAUCAAUAAUUGUGAUAUGAAAUUAAAUGAAUAAAAAAUCUGAUAGAGUUUA